ACAAAUGCCUCGCACUCUUUCCGCAGGACAAGUGGGGCCACGAUGAGGUUCGGCUGCUGUGUUCCUUCGGCAUUGCUUCUGUCGGUGCUGGCCUGUUGCUUGGCAUUGGCUAGGGCACGGACGUAUGGACUUCCCAUGGAGACUGGCCAGUCCUGGAGGCCCCGCGUUGUCGUUCCGACGCGCGGUGAGGUGUGGCCGCAGCCCCUGAACCAGACGAAGAGCUGCCGUACUCUCUCUGUAGACGCAAGCAUGUUCUCAUUCCAAUACGACGGUCCCUGCUUCGUAGUGCAGCAGGCAAUCAAGCGGUAUCGCCGCGAAAUUUUAUUCCAAAACUGCACGAAACCCUCUACAUCAAGAGCGGCCGAACGGGCUGACUCUCGGAACGCUGUGAAUUCCCCCACUCCUCUAUCUGAUGGUCACCUCGAUGUUCUGCGAGUGAUGGUGCAACGUGAGUGCGAGGACCUCCCGGACCACCGCAUGGAUGAAAGCUACACACUUUCUUUAUCAUCUGCUCACAAGUCCUUCAUCUCUGCUCGAACCGUUUGGGGAGCGCUGAGGGGACUGGAAACCUUUAGCCAGCUUCUCUAUUCGCCCGAUGGAGUGUCGUGGGUCGUGAAUGAGACGCUAAUCUACGACGAGCCGAGAUUUCCGCACCGUGGCCUCCUGAUCGAUUCGUCGCGACAUUUCCUGCCACUGGAGUCGAUAAUGGACACGCUGGACGCAAUGGCGUACAACAAGAUGAACGUUCUCCACUGGCAUAUCGUGGACGACGAAUCAUUUCCCUACGUGAGCAGGACGUUUCCAAGUAUGAGCGAGAAGGGUGCCUACGAUCCAUACAUCCGCGUGUACCGGCCAGCAGACGUGCAACAUGUCAUCAGUGAAGCUGCUGCCAGGGGUAUUCGCGUCAUGGUGGAAUUUGACACGCCUGGACACACACGAUCGUGGGGUGAGGCCUUCCCUGACCUCCUGACGACUUGCUACGAAGGCAUGGAGCCCAGCGGAAAUCUCGGACCAAUUGACCCCACUAGAAAUGAGACAUACGUUUUCCUUAAGGAGCUGUUCACUGAGGUGGCCGGCGUUUUUCCCGACCAGUAUGUUCACUUGGGAGGAGACGAAGUCAGCUUCGACUGCUGGAAAUCUAACCCCAAUAUCACAAAUUUCAUGGCCGACAUUGGUAUUCCCGGUGACUACAAGAAGCUCGAAGAGUUUUACAUACAAAGGUUGUUAAAAGUAGUGCAAGGGGUACGGAAGAGCUACAUGGUUUGGCAGGAAGUAUUUGACAACAACGUUGAGAUUGCGUCGGAUACAGUGGUGCACGUCUGGAAGGAACCUCAUCAGGAAGAAAUGAGUGCCGUGACGGCAGCCGGGUUCAAUGCCCUUUUAUCCAGCUGCUGGUACUUGGACUACAUCAGUUACAGUCACGACUGGAAGACGUACUACGCCUGCGACCCGCAUAACUUCACAGGUACGGCCAAGCAGAAGUCUCUUGUCGAGGGUGGCGAAGCUUGCAUUUGGGGAGAGUUAGUGGAUGCCGCGAACCUGAUUAGCCGCACCUGGCCUAGGGCGUCAGCAGUGGCCGAGAGGCUGUGGAGCGCCGCCUGGGUGAAGUACUCAAAGACAACAGCGUCCCGGUUCGAAGAGCAACGCUGCAGGAUGCGUAGGCGGGGCCUCAAAGUUGAACCGGAGAACGGGCCUGGUGUCUGCGAAUGCGACUAUGUCGUUUGAAGACAGCAUAUGCCGUGGAACAAUCGGUUCUCCAUGAUUAAGAAUGAACAUGCGGGCCGUGCUCGUUUUUCCGGUGGGAAUGUUAGUAUGGAAAGGAAUGUGUACAGAAGCUUCCUGUCUGAACAUGCCAGCUGGCGUGCGAGAACCCACCACUUUCAAGGCGAGAACCUGCUCUGGUCGACGUUCUUGUGCACAAAUUUAGCGUGGCAAGCUGUUUUACAAGAGCAAGUACGGCACUACGUAAAAUCUCACAAAUAAAAUUCAUUCG